UAAGCAGUGAGGAAAGUGAAGAAUGGCUGCGACUUCAGCGCCGAUGAAAAUGGCGUUUUGAUCCUUUUUCUGAUGGUGGAAGCCAGAAAGACGACUAAGCGGUUGGAGCUACUAGAAAAGAGGUCUAGAGGAGGUUAGAUGGAGGCAGAUGAUUCGCUGUGGCUCCUCCCAGAGGACAGCCAAUGGGAAUGUUUGGUUAUCCAACAGGGUUUUGAUGUCUGAGCUCAGAGAACUUCACUGAACUGCUGCAGUAGAAGAUGGUUCAGAGUUUGAGGAAGUGCAAAACCCCCAAACUUUCUGCUUUGAAAGCCUGAGUGUUUCAGCGGUCGGGUCAUUUCUGCUUUCAGGUGGAGGAGAAACGGUUUCCAUGGAGACCAUCCUCUUCCAUUAUCCAGCAGAUUUGACUCGUCUUUCAGGACGAAGAGCUUCAUCGUUGGGACGUCCGUUGGUUCUCUGUGUCCAGAUUCUCCCUCAUCCUCUCAGGAUCCAAACUUAAGUGAAGAGUAAAGCAGAAACGUCAUGAUUUGGAGGAAGUUCUUUCAUACUUUUCUCCGUAUCUGUGUCAAACCGAGUGAAGACCUUCAUGGCGUGACCCAGAGCGUGACCUCUGCAGCUGCUGCGCUCCGAGAGCAGAAAUGCAGAAGCUGCAGAGAGGGAGGAAACUCUCACUUCUGGGUUUUGUGCGUGUGGUCGGCGUGAAGCGGAGGACGCCGCUCAGAGCAGCAGCUGCAGCUUCACGUUUGGAAAGAUGCGCCGCUCGGUGCUGCCCCUGCUGGUCACUCUGAGUCACGCGCUCGUCAUCCUGUUGCCGCUGGUUGCCAUGGAAACGCAGGAAGAAGCCCGGGGCUGCCGUGGCGCUUCGCCGCCGCAGACCUCCGAGCACGACUGCGCCUGGAGGUGCAUCAUUUUCACCCUGCAGUGGCCCGGGGGCUUCUGUGCGUCUCUCUACAACCAGACCCUCUGCAGGAUCCCCGACACCGUCACCGACUGGACCAUCCACGGCCUGUGGCCCCUGCAUGCGCAGCGAUGCUGCAACUGCUGGCCCAUGUUCCAGUCCGACGUCCAGGAGCUGAAGGACGAACUGGUGGAAAACUGGCCGUCCUUGUUGAAGACCAAAUCAAGCUUCCAGUUCUGGGAGCAGGAGUGGGCCAAACACGGCGCGUGUGCCGCAUGCGUGGAAGGAUUCAACUCCCCGCAGAAGUACUUCCAGAUCUCCCUGAAGCUGCGGAAAUGGUUUGAAAUCCAACGAGUCCUGGAAGACGCCGGAAUCGCGCCGUCCUGCGAGCGACGCUACAAGGUGGCAGAGGUGCAGAGCAUCCUGACUCCACAUGUGGGCGACCAAUAUGAGAUCCAGUGUGUCCUGGACCAUAAGGACAGACAGGUCUGGUUCCAGGUGAAGAUCCGACUGUCCCGUGACCUGACCCUUGGCUGUCCUCACCCUGAGGCCGGGUCAGGACCUGGAUCCGGGCCUUCUCCAGGACAUCCGUGUCCCCCUGAGGUCCCGUUCUUCUACCUUCCCAUAAACCACCAGAAGCCCGAGCGGCCUUGCGACUGACCGGGCGGCGGCUGACGGGCGUGACCUCUAAAUGAAGCUUCAUGAAGCAUUGACACCGUUUCUGUCCAUUAAUGAAGCAUUUCAAAUGUUCAAACGCUGGAUUUGUUAUCAAUAAACCUGAAAUGUUUCAAAUCCGUUUAAA